GAUCCCUAUUGACCGCAAAAGAACCAGCCUCUGGGCUCCCUCUUCAAGGGGCAGUGAGCUUCAGGGCCUGGGGGCUGGUUAGUUGUCUGGUUAGUGCAAGCUUCGUGCCCCUCACCACGAAUUUUUGCUGACACCCAGUCCAGCCAGUGGGGCUGCAGCUGGGGUGAGACCCUGGGGGUGGACAGCUGCCCUCCCAGCCCUGCUCCUAGCGUCAUUAGGACCCUGCCAGGUACAGGUGAGACUGACAGCUGGGAGAGCUGCCUCAGGCACUUAGGAUCGGGCUGGGAAGGUGAGUCAGUCCAGUGGGGGCAGGGCUCUGGAAUUGGGAUCUGCAGCCCAAGUUGGAGGUGCCCCCCCCCAUGUCACCUGGAGAGAAACUGGACCCGCUUCCUGACACCUUCAUCCUGCAGCCGCCAGUCUUCCACCCGGUGGUUCCUUAUGUCACGACGAUUUUUGGUGGCCUGCGAGCAGGCAAGAUGGUCCUGCUCCAGGGAGUGGUCCCUCUAGAUGCGCGCAGGUUCCAGGUGGACUUCCAGUGCGGCUGCAGCCUACAUCCCCGGCCGGAUAUUGCCAUCCAUUUCAACCCUCGCUUCCAUACCACCAAGCCCCACGUCAUCUGCAACACCCUUCAGGGCGGGCACUGGCAAGCCGAGGCCCGGUGGCCCCACCUGGCCCUGCAGAGAGGAGCCAGCUUCCUCAUCCUCUUUCUCUUUGGAAAUGAGGAGAUGAAGGUGAGCGUGAAUGGACACCACUUUCUCCACUACCGCUACCGGCUUCCGCUGUCCCGUGUAGACACCCUGGGCAUAUACGGUGACAUCUUGGUGACAGCCGUCGGGUUUCUGAACAUCAACCCGUUUGUGGAGGGCGGUAGCGAGUAUCCGGUUGGACACCCUUUCCUGCUGAAGAGCCCCAGGCUGGAGGUGCCCUGUUCGCGUGCCCUUCCCCGGGGUCUCUGGCCCGGACAGGUCAUCAUAGUGCGGGGACUGGUCUUGCCAGAGCCGAAGGAUUUCACACUCCGUCUGCGGGACGAGGCCGCCCACGUUCCUGUGACGCUCAGGGCAUCCUUUGCAGACAGAACUCUAGCCUGGGUCUCGCGCUGGGGCGGGAAGAAGCUGAUCCCGGCCCCCUUCCUCUUCUACCCCCAGCGAUUCUUCGAGGUGCUGCUCCUGUGCCAGGAGGGAGGGCUGAAGUUGGCACUCAACGGGCAAGGCCUGGGGGCCACCAGCCUGGGCCCACAGGCCCUGGAGCGGCUACGAGAGCUGCAGAUCAGUGGCAGCAUCCAGCUCUACUGUGUCCACUACUGAGGAGGGUUCCGGAGGGCCCAGCCAGAGAAGAGGAGGGCCAGCUGUAUCUGGGGCCCCACCAGAUGGCCCCCGUCCCCUCCCCUCAUUAAACUGUCCACCUGUCACCAUGGCAUUCAGCCUGCCUGGCUCGCUUCUGAAGCUACGAGCCUGAGCCUGCAGAGGCCUUGGGCCUCAUCGCAGAGGGUAGGCAUGAGACCUCGAAGGCUCUGGAAACUCUGCCGCUCUCUCUGCCAGGAAUUUGGCUCUGUGCUCCUGCAGGGCCCAGACAAGGAGGCAGGCUUUGUAGCCUAAGGAAGAUACUCCAAACUACAGUGGCUUCAAAAAUUUUAGACAUUUAGGAGUUCCUGUUGUGGCUCAGCA